UUUGCUUCAAAACGACACCGUAAAAUGCAAGUGUUGGACAACAACAACAACAAUCACAACAUUAAAUACAACAACCGCAACAUCAACAAUAUGAUGCCACAGAUGCACAGUUGAAAGAGAAGAAGAAGCGAGGCUGCUUGAAGAAAGUGAACGUCAUCAAAAAGGAAGAAAGGAAGAUAGAAGGGAAUUUUGAACUGGUCAUUGAACGCAACUGGGAUUCAAGUUGCAACAACAACAACAACAAGAAGUAGGAGAAAAAGAACCAAAAGAUGAACAACAGUCAAGGAGCUGCUGGAGGAGGGGGAGGAGGAGGAGCUGCCACAUCGGCGGGAAAUCGCAUCACAUUCACCAGCCAAUCGCUGCCCAACGGCACCAUCAACAUUGCCACUGGACCAGGGGGAGUGGGAGGAGGAGCGGGGGGACCGACGAUCAUCUCGACGGCUCAACUGCCGAACACGACAACGAUCAAAACAAUAACGGCCGGAAUUGCGGGACACGGACAUGGACAUGGAGUGACGGGACUGACGCAGGUGACGCAUCAUCAGGUGCAACAACAACACCAGCAACAGCAUCAGCAGCAGCAACAACACCAGCAACAACAACAACAGCAAUCAGUAGGUGCCACGCAAACACAAACCUUAGUUAUUAAAUCCAAUCACCAUGCGGUUGUCACCCUGCCGGCGGGUCUAGUCUCAAGUGCACCAGCAGGAAUCGUAACAAUGACCAAGACCAUCAAUCAGGCCGGCCAACCAGCGCUACUCAACUCGAUGCUGCCCGCCGGAGUUGUGGUCGGAAUGCGUCCGCAGGCGACGACGCAGCAGCAGCCAAAGAAUAUGCCCGCCAAUCCGCUCAGUCGCGUCGUCAUCAGCAAUUCCCAUAUGCCUGGUGUCAGGCCACAGAGUCCAUCGAUAACGUUAAGCACAAUUAAUGCAGGACAAACGCCUGCACUGUUGGUGAAAACGGAUAAUGGAUUUCAGCUGUUGCGUGUGGGCACGGCGACAACGACGGGUCCGCCAACGAUGACACAGACCAUAUCCAACACCAGCAACAUGAGCAACAAUAACAACAACAACAGUAACAACACAACAACAACAACCACAAAUCAUGCCACAACAACACAGAUACGAUUGCAAACGGUACCGGCUUCGAUGACCAGCACAACGGCGUCUAGCAACAUUAUUGUUAAUUCCGUGGCCAGCAGCAAUGUUCACAGUUAUGGAAGCGGUUCACAGCCACCGCAUUUGGCACAGUUGCAGCAACAACCACAACAGCAGCAUCAACAGCAACAACAACCACAUUUGCCGCAAGUAACGCAAAUUCAAACGAUACCAGCGGCAAAUAAUGUGCAAGUUGCAGCGACAGCAGCAGCAAAUGUUGCUGUCAACACAACGACAGCAGCAGCAACAACAACAACAACGGCUGCACAAGGCAAUACCAAAGAAAAGUGUCGCAAGUUUUUAGCCAAUUUAAUUGAAUUGUCGACACGCGAACCGAAGCCGGUCGAGAAAAAUGUGCGUACGUUGAUUCAGGAGCUGGUCAAUGCGAAUGUGGAACCGGAGGAGUUUUGUGAUCGCCUGGAGCGUUUACUCAACGCCAGUCCGCAGCCGUGCCUAAUUGGUUUUCUAAAGAAAAGUCUGCCACUGUUGCGCCAGGCGCUCUACACCAAGGAACUGGUCAUUGAGGGCAUCAAACCGCCUCCGCAGCAUGUCCUGGGAUUGGUCGGACUGUCGCAGCAGCUGCCGAAAAUUCAAGCGCAAAUCCGUCCGAUUGGGCUGAGCCAGACAACGACCAUUGGACAGACACAGGUGCGCAUGAUCACACCAAAUGCACUGAGCACUGGCCCCCGACCCACAAUUGGCCACACGACGAUAUCGAAGCAGCCGCCAAACAUUCGAUUACCCACUGCGCCGCGACUCGUCAACACGAAUGCCAUUCGCGGCCAAAUGCCUUCGCUGCCAAUGCCUACGCAGGCGAACAUUGUGCAAAUCCGCGGUCCUCACAAUGCACAGCUGCAGCGUACGGGCUCGGUACAGAUCCGUGCCACGCCCCGUCCGCCCACCAGUACGCCCACGAACAAAGUCACUGCCGUUAAGGUUGGUCAGACACAGAUCAAGGCGAUAACGACGUCCAGUUUGCAUCCGCCAUCGCUGGCGGCCAUAUCAUCCAAUAGCGGACCAUCACUUCCACCGACUCCCACGUUAUCGGUACUAUCGACGAUUAAUUCGGCAUCGACGACAUCGUUGCCGGUGCCUUCGUUGCCCACCGUUCAUUUGCCGCCGGAGGCUUUGCGUGCCCGGGAACAAAUGCAGAAUUCCCUGCAUCACAAUAACAACAAUCAUUUCGAGCCGAAGCUGGUUGAGAUUAAGGCACCGCAACUGUCACAUUCACAUCCACAUCAGCAUCCACAUAUGGAACGUAUCAAUGCCUCGCUGACACCAAUUUCGGCCAAGACGCUGCCACGCGGCGCCUUAACCAUGGCCAACAAGUCGUCGUCGGCGAGUAAAAAGAAGCGGGAUGCACUCGAUCGGGAUCGGGAUCAAAGCAAGGAGGAGAAGGCGAACAGUGGCAGUGGAUUGGCGUCAUCAGCAUCCGCUGCCGCAGCGGCCGCCGCUGCCAAUUCGUUUUUCCAGCCAAACUCAAUGUCCACAUCGAUGUAUGGCGAUGAUGAUAUCAACGAUGUGGCCGCCAUGGGUGGUGUUAAUCUCGCCGAGGAGUCGCAACGCAUUCUCGGCUGCACCGAGAACAUUGGCACACAAAUCCGUUCCUGCAAGGACGAGGUCUUUCUCAAUCUGCCAGCAUUGCAGGCGCGAAUCCGCGCAAUAACCGCCGAACGAGGGCUGGACGAACCGUCGCAGGAUGUCGCCGUCCUCAUAUCGCAUGCGUGCCAGGAGCGGCUCAAGAAUAUUGUGGAGAAGUUGGCUGUGAUAGCGGAGCACCGCAUUGAUGUCAUCAAGUUGGAUCCACGAUAUGAGCCGGCGAAGGAUGUGCGCGGUCAAAUCAAGUUCUUGGAGGAACUGGACAAGGCGGAACAGAAACGACACGAGGAACUCGAGCGAGAGAUGCUAUUGCGGGCUGCGAAGUCGAGAACGCGAGUCGAGGAUCCCGAGCAGGCCAAAAUGAAGGCGAGGGCAAAAGAAAUGCAGCGCGCGGAAAUGGAGGAGCUGCGUCAACGGGAUGCAAACUUGACGGCACUGCAGGCGAUUGGACCGCGUAAGAAACUCAAAUUAGAUGGCGAUGCGAGCGGGGUGGGCGUGGGUUCCAGUGGCGGCGGUAUUUUAAGCAGCAGUGGCACAACAACGACAACAUUACGACCGCGAAUUAAGCGUGUCAAUCUUCGGGACAUGCUGUUUUACAUGGAGCAGGAACGUGAAUUUUGUCGCAGCUCGCUGCUCUUUAAAACUUACCUCAAGUGAUCGCUGCUGGCGCGGCCGUUCUUCAAUCGCAUCUACGCACCUGUACGGCUCCUCCUGCUCCAGCUCCUAAUCCUUAUCCUCAUCCUCAAAACUGUCCAUGUUGUUCAGCGUUCAUUAAUUUGCAAUAUAUUUUAGCUGUCACAUUUAAUUGCGUCGUCUCUUUCGUUGUUUUAGUUAGGCUCCCCCUUUUUCUUAACGUAAAUAUAUGUACCAACUAAAUUGUAUUUAAAUUUUAUAUAAAACCUCAUUUACUUAUCGUUUGCCAAUUAAAAAGAAAGCCUGCAACACUUAAACCAAACCAAUCCAAAAACCAACAUCAACAACUAAACAAAAGAAAGUGAAAGAAAACAAGUUUGAUUUUGUAAUUUUUAAACGUAUAAUUAAUUGCAGUAAUAAUUGCAUUGACGGCCUUAUCUAAACGAUAUAAACAUAUAUAAAUAAUAUGAUUAAAUUGUGUAGCUUAGUUUGUUAAACGAAAAAAAAAAGAAAUCAUGCGUAAUUUUAGGCUGUAAGUUAGCAUUCAAGAUCGAUUAUAAGAUGGUUUUUAAAACCAUAUUGCAAGCAAGAGGGAGAAAAACAAACAAAA